AUGCUCCUCUACUCUGAUGUUAUCUCUGAGGAUGAGAUGAUCUCCGAUGCCUUUCCUCUAAAGACCGUCGAUGACAUUGUUUAUCAAGUCGACUGUGCCAUGAUUGUCGUCAAGGACGGCGACGUUAACAUUGGUGCUAAUCCCUCCGCCGAGGAGCAGGAGGAAGCUCUCGAAAACGGUGCACAACAAGUCAACAAUGUCGUCCACUCCUUCCGUCUUCAUCAGACGAAUUUUGACAAGAAGACAUAUCUAUCUUACUUGAAAGGUUACAUGAAGACCAUCAAGACGUACCUCCAGGAGAAAAACCCGGAUCGUGUUGAAGCUUUCGAAAAAGGCGCAGCGGCCUAUGCCAAAAAAAUUGUCGCCAACUUGAAGGAUUUCGAAUUUGUAAUGAAUCUCCACUCUGGUGCCGGAAUUGUUUAA